UUUUUUCAAAUGGAUAGAAGUCAAUCGGGCGUUGAGACUGUUGGGAGCUUUAUCAUCAUAGUCUUCUCUGUCUCCACAAGGAUCCGUUAUCCUAGCACCGAAAACGCAUCAUGUCGCUUCUGAUCAAACUGAAAAUACCAAAUCGCGUUCAGCCAGAUGUGAUCCCGUUGGUUGGUUCGGUGGGCGUCUACACCAACAAGAUGCACUACAUGAGGAAGCAUCUGCUGGACGAGCUGCCCUCCAAGCCGUUCGCCCUGGACUUCAUGCUGCCCGUUGACUCGGAGGCCCUGCAGGUGCCCACCUACUACACGAUUAUACAGUGCCCCAUGGACGUGAGCACGAUUGUGAAGCGUCUACAGAAUCUCUAUUAUCAGAGUGUCGAUGAUCUGAUUGCGGACUUUAAGCUGAUGUUACGAAAUUGCUAUACAUUCAAUCGACCCGGCGAUAUCGUCUAUCGCAAUGGCCAGAAGCUGGAGCGAUUCUUUCUGCGAGUCCUGAAGGAUAUGCCCGAAGGCCUUGAGGUCUCCUGCAACCGAGAUCCGCGCGCUCCCUGCAGCCCGCGCAACAACCAGAAGACCACAGCGUUCAUCGAGCGCAAAUGCCGCGAGCAGCUGAAGAAGCUGCAGGCAUCCAACACCGAACACUCGGAUGCCGAUCUUCGUGACUUAUUCAAGGAGAAGCUGGGCGGGGUGUCGAAGAAGCUGAGCAAGCACCAGUUCAAGACACACGAGGACUUCCACUUGGAGCUGGACCUCAUGCUGCUGCAGUCGCGAAAUCGGGCAAAGGGAGUAUAUGAAGGCAUAUACCAGGAGUCCCUGGACAACAUCACGUACCACACGCAGCAGAAGGAGCUCAGCCAGCUCUUCUAUCUGCUGCAGAAGAACGACGAUGACAAGCGACUGGAGCGAAAGCAACAGACCAUGAAAUGGGAGGACAGUCUGGUGGAUUGUCUGGAUGCCACGGUGGAGCGACUUAAGGGCAAGCUGGAUGCUUGCCGCGUGGAAGAGGAGGAGGAGGAGGAGGAGUACGCAAGGAUCAAGAAAAUGGUGGCAGCCGAGCGCGAGAAGAAGCGCGCCAAGAGCAAAACCUCCCACUCGACCGCUGUCAAGGACAACGAGAAGCAACAUGCUUACGUCAGCGAAGCCGAACGUCGCACCAUCCAGCAACAGUUCUUGAUGCUGCCGCUGAGCACAAAGAUGGAAAUAAUGCACGUCAUUGCCCAGAGGGAGGAUAUAUCGCCCGAGAACACGGACCUGCAAUGGUUCGAUAUCAAGAACUUUAACGCCGUCACCCUAAACCUGAUGAAGAAGGCCAUGCACCCGCACACCAAGCUCAAUUUGCGGAACAUGAAGCCCGCCGAGAAGGAGAAUCUGCAGCGCUGCCUCGAGAACCGGCUGCAGAGCAUCAACCAGGUGCUGAAUGGCAAUCGACGCAAGUACACACAUCGUCUGCGCGUCCGCUCCACCGCCCCGGCCAGGAAGCGGGCACGCUUCUCCACCAAGAAGGGCGCCAGCGGCUCCAACUCGCAGCAGCAGCAGGAACUGGAAACAGGUGCUGGCAAGUCAAACGAUAGCAGCACCGAAAGCGACUCCAGCAGCGACACCGACACGAGCAGCAACACCGAGUCAAGCAGCGAGCCCUCGACCACCCGUUCCCCGAUUACCCCAUCCUUGCCCUAAACGAGACAUUUGCAUUCUGAUUGAAAUAAAUUUGUGAAGAU